AUGGAACAUAGAACUGCAAUUCACAGCCCUACUCAAGUGGAGACUGAGACAUGGCUUGGGAUCACGUCCACCAAGCCAGGUGUCAAGACCAACUUCGACGGCGAACCGCACGUAUCCGUCACGGAAGGACAACUCACUCCACCCGUGGAGGAAGUCGAGGUCUGGCAAGAGGUGGCUGCACAGUGCCAAUGCCGUCUCGAGGACUUGGAAGAUGUGUACCCUUGCACUGCGGCUCAGGAAGGAAUGAUGGCACUCACGGCCAAAGACCCCAAUGCAUACACGUUGGAGUAUGUGUUUUACCUACCCCCUGGGACCGAUCCAACACGAUUGGAGCAGGCAUGGCGUAGUACUGCCCUGGCCAACCCAAUACUUCGCACUCGUAUUGUGCCCACCAGCCAGAGUGGAUGUAUCCAGGCCGUCGUAUGUGGCAGCAUACCAUGGCAAGUGCACGCCGACGACGAUGGGAUACCAUGUAUGACAAGCGGCACUGUGGCAUGGCGACCAGGGGCUCCGCUAGCUUACUUCGUGCUGAAUUGGCCACGCCGUGUGUUGACGAUGAUCAUCCAUCAUUCAAUCUGCGACGAUUGGUCGAUCUCCGUUCUGUUACGCGAGGUCGAUGCCGCCUAUAACGGCCAAAAGCUGGAAGCCCGUCCGUUUCGGCCGCUUGCCGAGUACAUCGAAGCCAAUAGAGCUCGCUCCGAAAACUUUUGGAAAACGGAAUUCCAUGACUCCCAUAAGGCGUCCAUGACUCCAUUCCCUCCGCUACCCACGGCCGGAUAUACUCCUCGACCUACAGAGCGACUGGAGAAAACAUUCGACACUCAUCCGGGCCCCACUGCUGGAUUCACUGUCAACACCAAGCUGCGUUUAGCAUGGGCCAUAGUUCAGUCACUCUAUACCGGCUCUGAAGACACUUUUUUUGGGACCGUCAACGCCGGUCGCGGGGUGCCAGUUCCAGGCGUACAGGAAAUGAGUGGGCCAGCAUUAGCUACCGUCCCUGUGCGUGUUCAGAUAAACCCGAACCAUACCGUUAUGGAGGCACUUGAUGCUGUACAGGGGCAAUGGGCAGCUACAAUGCAGUUUGAACAUGUCGGCUUGCAGAGUCUAAUGCAUCUAGGGCCGGGUCCACAGGCAGCAUGUCGUUUCCAAACACUGAUGUCGGUGGAACCGCGAGAUGGCCAUCAAAUCCACGGCGUGCUGUCACAACAUCGAUCAGAACAGCAAACCUAUGAUUCUUAUGCGGUGAUUCUCCUAGUUCGACCGUCUAGUCGGACCGUGUGGUUAGAGACACGGUUUGACCCAGCUGUGAUAGAUGUCCAGCAAAUGGAGCGGGUUCUCUCUCAGAUGGCCCACAUUUACCAGCAGAUCGAGAAGAAACCCAAUAUACUCCUUGCAGAGAUUGACACUGUCAGUCCGGAAGACCGAACGGAGCUCACUCGCCGGAAUACGUCCAAUAUUUCCUGUUCCGCCCCGCCGCUGUCUGUUCAUCAGCUCAUUCAUCAGCGUGCGAGUCAGCAGCCCCAAGAAAUAGCGAUCAAUAGCUGGGAUGGUGAUAUUUCGUACCAAAAGCUCGACGACAUGUCAUCAGUACUAGCAGUUCACUUGUCCCGGCAGUCGGUGGGCCCCGGCGCUUUUGUGCCACUGUGUCUCGGUAAAACCAAAUGGAUGGCAGUGGCAAUGCUCGCGGUGAUGAAGACUGGGGCUGCAUUUACAUUACUGGAUCCUUCGUAUCCCUCAUCCCGCCUACUCAAGAUGUGUCAAAAAAUCAAGGCAACCCUGAUUGUCACCUUGGAGCCACAGCUCCCUGUGGCAUCCCGGCUUGGAGUUCAUACGGUGGUUAAAGUGGACAGUCUGAAUUUGGAAACAAAGGACAGUGACUUUGCUCCUAACCCCACUAGUUCCCCGAUGGACCCUAUAUAUGCCGCAUUUACAUCUGGCUCAACAGGAAACCCCAAGUGCGCUAUUGUCAACCAUGCUGGGUUCACUGCUAGCGCAUUGGCUCAUAGCGAGCCGUGUCACUUCACGCCUCAGUCCCGAGUCUUGCAAUUCGCAUCCCCAGCAUUUGAUUUGUGCAUCCUUGAACAUCUCUCCACCCUGAUAAUGGGGGGCUGUCUGUGUAUUCCGUCGGCGGCCGAAUGUCACAGCAACCUCACCGAGGCAAUGAACAAGUUUGCAGUUAAUGUUGCUCUCCUCACCCCCACUGUCACUCGAAUCGUGUCCCCUGGUAGUAUUUCAACCCUCAAAGUCCUUGUGUUUUGUGGGGAAACCGUACGGGCGAGCGAUGUGUCGCGAUGGGAGCAACAUGUGGAAGUCCGCAACGCAUACGGCCCAGCUGAAUGUUCCGUAGUCUUCAGCGUCCAGCCACAUCUUCGUUCUGAAGAUCCAGUUAAUAUCGGAUUCCCCACAGGGUGUGUUGGCUGGGUUGUUCACCCUGAGGACCAUUGCCGUCUAAUGCCCCUGGGAUGCCCUGGGGAGUUGGUGAUUGAGGGACCAGUCGUGGGGGACGGAUAUUUUUCAGAUUCCGAGGAAACAGCCCGGGUCUUCAUUGAAGCUCCUCCGUGGCGUCGAGAGUUUGUGGCUAUACCGACUCGACGAUUGUAUAGAACUGGUGAUCUGGUGCAGUGCACUGGUGAUGGAAGCUUUCGAUUCAUCGGUCGCAAGGACACUCAGGCCAAACUUCACGGCCAACGGCUGGAAUUGGCCGACAUCGAACACCACCUCCAUAGAUCGUUUCCUGAGGCACGACAGGCUAUUGCGGACAUUCUGCGGUCAUCACAUGAGGAGGGUCAUGGUGAUGGUCGCCCGAAGACUCUUCUGGUUGCGUUCGUCUGUCUCCCUUUGUCAUCGUCUGCAGGAAAAGAGAAUCACGAAGAAAGCUUGUUUCUCUCCCCAAGUGACGAAUUCCGGGCUGCAUGUGCCAUAGCUGAAUCUCGCCUCUCGGAGACGCUCCCAGCCUUCAUGGUGCCUGCAGUCUUCCUGCCGCUCUCCCACGUGCCGCAAACCAAAUCCGGCAAGGCAGACCGCCGGUAUCUCCUUGGCCAGGCAGCGUUGCUCCCUUGGGAGAGAAUGCAGGAGUUCCGAGUGACUCGAGAACAACCACAGAUGCCUUCAGGAGAGCGCGAAGAGAAGCUGCAGCAGAUCUGGGCAAGGACCUUGAACCGAGCUGCUCAUGAGAUCGGCAUAAAUGAGAGCUUUUUCAGGCUUGGUGGUGACUCCGUCAGCGCCAUGCAAGUUGCCGCCAGUUGUAAAACUAGUGGCUUCAAUGUCACGGUAGCGGAUAUUUUCCGUCACCCAACCAUCAGUAAACUAGCCCAGAAGGUACAGGAAUCUAAACGCAAUCCGCAAUCUAUCCCCCAGACUGUAAAGGAAGACCCCACGGACAAAUUGUUCCACCUCUCUCCCAUCCAGCAACUGUUCUUUGAGCAUGUUCCGGAUGGGCACAACAAGUUCACCCAAGAGUUUCUACUACGAGUCACGAAACCUGCCUCAUCUCCCAAGAUUCGGAAGGCUAUUCAGCAGAUUGUAGCACAGCAUUCAAUGCUGCGAGCUCGCUUUGAUCAAGACUCGGAUGGCAACUGGGGACAGAUUGUAAGAAGAGAUGUGGUCACAAGUUUUCAGUUACACGAGCACCGGCUAUCUUCCAUUGGUGACCACGACAAUCUGCAAAGGAUCUUCAGUGACAGCCAAAGCAGGCUCGAUAUCCAACAUGGCCCAAUGUUUGUGGUGGACCUCAUCGAAACUGACGGACAUGAGCAAUAUCUGGGGCUGAUGGCUCAUCACCUUGUGAUCGAUAUGGUCUCCUGGCGUGUACUAUUUCAGGACUUGGAAGAUAUCCUCUCCAUGGAUCGUCCAUCGCAAUCAGUUUCUAUGCCGUUCCAGCAAUGGUGUGGUCUGCAGCAAGAAUAUGCUGCAGAGUCUCUUGACCCCCAGACAGCGUUGUCAACAAAUAUUCCAGCUGCCCCUCUUGGUUACUGGGGUCCACCUGCAAUCUGGGCGAGCAAUACGAUGGGUGACACCUUGGAACAAUCGAUCAGCGUCUCGCAAGAAAUAACCCAGUGGAUCCUCGGUGCCGCCAAUGACGCCUUCCAAACUCGGCCAGUGGAGAUAAUCCAGACGGCAGUAUUGUAUUCCUUUCUUCUGGCAUUCGACAACAGACCCGCACCGACCAUCUUUAGUGAAGGGCACGGCCGUGAGCCAUGGGACCAACACAUUGACAUAUCCCAAACGGUGGGCUGGUUCACCACGAUUGCGCCCAUAUUUGUCAGAGCAAAAAAAGGACAAAACUUCGCUGAGCUUCUGCAGCUCACAAAGGAUAGUCGACGUGCCAAUCCGCGCAAUGGAUGGGACUAUUUUGCAUCUCGGUAUCUCCACCCAGAAGGCAUGUAUUACUGUCAGGGACAUUCCCAGAUGGAGAUCUUGUUCAAUUAUCUCAGCCUCUUUCAGCAGCUGGAGCGGCCUGGCGCACUUCUUCAGCUGCAAUCGAUCCCGGACCAAGACAUUAUCCAACCUCCCUCCGACCUGCCUCGGUUCGCUCUCAUCGAUGUGACUGCAAAAGUGGUCAAUGGGUCUCUUAGCCUUGUCUUUCUUUACAACAAGAGACUGCGGCAUCAAGAUCGAUUACAAAAAUGGACCCAGUUGUGUCUACAGACACUUGAAGAACUGCCAAAGGCCUUGCAGCAGGACCAGCAGCUCACAAUUUCCGACUUCCCGUUACUCUCGUUGACGACAGAUGGGCAGCUACAGGAUCUAUUGCAUCAGAUCCCGUGUCAGUUAAAGGUACCAGUAUCCGAUAUUGAGGAUAUAUAUCCCUGUUCCCCGGUCCAACUUGGCAUGUGGUUGAGCCAGGUGAAGAACCCACGAAUGUACUGGUCGCACAUCAAGUGGUCAGCUUACCCCCGGUCUAGAGUCUCAGUCGACAUUGAGAAGAUCAAGGCGGCGUGGCGGCGAGUGGUAGACCGUCAUGCGAUUUUACGUACCGUGUUCACCGACGGCACCGGUCGGCUUAGCCACCCGCUGCAGAUUGUUCUGAAGUCCACCCAGGUAGAUGUCCAGGUCAUUUCACAGUCAGAGUCAUUCGCAGAUAAUGAAAUGCCAUCUUUGUCGGACCAGUCUCUCAUGACUCAAUCCCUUAUGAACAAAAAGGGACAACCCCCUCAUCAACUAAAAUUAACCAUUCAAACAGAUGGCGCAGUUGCUUGUGAUCUGACAAUUCACCAUAUGCUGGUUGAUGGUGUAACUGUGCAAAUCUUGUUAGAUGAUGUCCACCGAGCCUACGACGGGCAGCUAGAGCACUCACCAGCUGCUGGAUACAAUAAAUACCUCCAGUACCUACAGGGCAAUCAUCAAACGAGCUCAGAGACAUACUGGAAGCAGUAUCUGGAAGGUGUCCAUCCAUGCAUAUUCCCCUCGCUGGGGAUUAAGGUUCAGGGUAAAGAACAAUUGACGCUAAAGUUGGUGCCAUUCAGUUUCGAUAUUGGACGUCGUCUACAGUCAUUCUGCCAGCACCAUGGCAUCACGAUCUCCAAUAUCCUACAGGUGGCAUGGGGACUUGUACUCCGUACAUACACCGGAUCCGAGUCCGUCUGCUUUGGAUACCUGAAUUCAUGCCGCGAUAUCCCUGUGCAAAACGUCCGCGAAAUUUCAGGACCCAUGAUUAAUCUUCUUAUUUGCCGCUUAUCGUUACCUGGAAAUGCACAGAUCUUGUCAACACUGUUGGAAAACCAGGAUGCCUAUGCACGCAGUAUUGAACAUCAGCAUUUCUCCUUGGCUGAGGUCAUGGAUUCCUUGAAUCUCUCGAAUCAACCUUUGUUCAAUACGGCUAUGUCUCUGCAGAAAGAGUCUGCAAACUUAGACCCCAGUUAUACUUCGGAUAUAAAUCUAGGAGCCGCACAGGGAAUUGACUCCACUGAGUAUGCCUUGACGGCCAAUAUAAUCACUGGAGAGAAACGCGUCAGUGGUGAUCUGACGUACUGGUCUCAUGUUGUUACCGAUCAGCAAGCGGAGUUAAUUACUGACACUUUCUUCCAUAUUCUAUCGCAACUUAUUGAUCCUGCUAACUCCCAUCUCGGAAAUAUCGAUCCACUAAGUGAGAAGAAUUAUAACCACUUACUCCAACGGAACCAGGGCCUGCCGGAGACGGUGCGGACUUGCAUACAUACUGACAUCCAGAAGCAUUCACUGGAAGACCCCACGGCAUCCGCGGUAUGCGCAUGGGAUGGCGAUUUCACAUACGGAGAGCUCGACCAGGUCUCAACGCUUCUGGCUGAGCACCUCAUCAAAAACGGGGUAGGGCCUGAGGUAUUUGUGCCCAUAUGCUGUGAGAAGUCCCGGUGGGUAGUGGCCGCGGUUUUGGGUAUCUUGAAAGCCGGGGGUGCAUUCAUCCUGUUGGACCCAUCUCAUCCAGCGCAGCGGUUAAGGGAUAUGCUAGCAGACUUUUCAUGCCCAGUUCUCCUCACUUCUACCAGAGAUAUGGAGUUAGCGGCAAAGAUCGUUCCCAAGGUCAUUGCUGUAGAAGGUCUGGAACUGAGAUGGGAUUCAGGUACUGCCAAGAGAGAAUUGAUUUCAACAUCUCCAGAGUCAGCAGCUUAUGCGGCGUUUUCUUCUGGCUCUACUGGGAGGCCGAAGGCAAGCGUCAUGGAACAUCAGUCAUUCAGUUCGGCAGCAGAAGCUCAGCGCAGGUCUCUUUGUCUUCAUCAAGGAUCUCGAGUCCUUCAGUUCGCCUCAUAUGCGUUUGACGCUAGCAUCGUCGAGAUCCUCACAACCCUACUCGUUGGCGGAUGCGUCUGCAUUCCCUCCGACACAGACAGAAACAUGAGGCUCGCUGAUUCGAUCCGAGAGCUGGGGGUUAACUGGACGUUGUUGACCCCUUCUGUAGCUCGCAUCCUCGAUCCCUACAAAGUCCCUACUCUGGAUAUACUCGUCCUGGGCGGAGAGGGCAUGAGCGAUGACGAUGUGUGCCGGUGGUCUCCCCAUGUGCAUCUCAUGAAUGCCUACGGGCCUUCAGAAUGUUCUGUCAUCGCCACAGCCCAAUCGUCUUCUCAUUUUCUCUCCAACGACCCCGCAGAUAUUGGACUCCCUGUCGGGGGACUCGUCUGGGUGGUCAACCCGCAAGAACCACACAAGCCCGUCCCAGUCGGGGCCGUUGGGGAACUGGUCAUCGAGGGUCCCAUUGUCGGCCGGGGCUAUGUCAAUCGACCAGACCAUAUGGAGGCCGCUUUCAUUCCAUAUCCUGCAUGGCUAUGCAGGAUGCGCCGAAAGGAAGAACAGGGUCGUCUUUACAGGACGGGCGACUUGGCCAGGUGUCUUCCCAACGGAUCCAUCCGGUACAUUGGACGCAAAGAUCGCCAGGUAAAACUGCACGGUCAACGCAUUGAGCUAGCUGAGAUUGAACAUCACAUCAUGCAAUGCUGGCCGGGAGACGGUCCACAGGUUUUCGUAGACGUUGUAACCCCUUCCAACCGGAAUAACAAGUUCCUCGUUGCCUCCAUCGAAUAUCCGUCUGAAGAUGCGAACGAGCGUGCUUUUGAGGCAGCUGUGGAGGAGAGCAAGCUCCGUCUCCAAGAACGGGUGCCAAAGUUUCUCACCCCAUCUGUAUUUCUACCAGUCGCAGCAGUUCCACGGCUCUUGAAUGGAAAGGUUGAUCGACGCCAACUGCAGAGGGAGGCAUCCCGCGCACUCCGGCUUCAAAUGGAUCGAUCUUCGGAGGGAAGUCAAAACGCGCGGCGAACUGCACAACUCACCAAAGAAGAGCGGACAUUGCAAAAUCUAUGGGCCCAGAUACUCCAUCUCCCCGUGGAUAGCAUCGGGCCAAACGAUAAUUUCUUCAGUCUUGGGGGAGACUCAAUUCUAGUGAUGAAGCUGGCGUCCACUGCCGGGGAGCAGGGGGUUCAAAUUUCCGUGCCGGACGUUUUCCUGCAUCCUAGAUUACGAAACCUUGCCCGAAUUUACUCUUCUCCGCAGCAGAAAGAACUGCAAUCGCCCAUGGAAGAGCUAAAGCAGGAUGGAACGGUGCCUCCGUUUUCACUAAUUCCUCCAGACCGGCGAGCAAACGCCCAAACUGAGGCUAUGGUCCAGUGCGGUGUUUCGAUGGAACAGAUUGAAGAUAUAUAUCCUUGCACCGCAUUGCAAGCUGGACUGGCGGCCUUGACUGCAGAGCGGCCAGGUUCUUACAUUAAACGGCACCGCUUCAGGCUUGCUCAGAAUAUCCAUCUAGACAGACUGAAAGAGGCCUGGGAGAAGGUAUCAGCUUGUAACGGUAUUCUCCGGACUCGUAUUAUUCAAUCGAGUUUGGGCUGCCUCCAGGUGGAGAUCCGUGACUGCAAAUUGCACUGGACGGUCCGUGAGCAUGAAGUGGAUGAAACCCCAGCCUGGGAGGUAAUUUUCGGCCAGGCACUGAUCCAAUUCGAAGUCUACCCAGUGCGCAAUGAUGGUUCUCACAAUUAUACGGGACGCUUGGAGAUGCUGAUCACGGCGCAUCACGCGGUGUACGACUCAUGGUCGCUACCUCUCCUCACUCAGUGGGCGCAACUGGCUUACAAUGACCUCGACUCGCCGAGAUUGUUGGACUCUACUCCGUUUCAAAAAUUUAUCCAAUACUCCAUGUCUCAAGAGAAAGAAGCCCUCGAACAUUGGCGAGCGGAUCUUCAUGAUUUCGACGCCGAUCCAUUCCCUUCCCUACCUUCGCCAUCUUAUCGGCCACAGGCUUCGAAAAUGAUCCAGAUAUCCAUGCAGCCCGGACGCCUGAGCGCUGACAUGGUAAGUCGAACCACGGCGGUUCGCCUCGCUUGGGCAUUGGUGCAAUCCCAGUAUCAGAGCAGCGAGAAGGUCGUUUUCGGCGUUGUCUCUUCCGGCCGCUCGGCGGCUGUGCCAGGUAUUGAGGCCAUGGCGGGACCGACUAUUGCCACUAUCCCUCUGUCGGUUGUGGUCGAUGGUAAUGUGACAGUCUCCCGAGCACUCAUGGACCUACAGGAGCGAGUGCUACAGUUAACUCCCUAUGAGCAAGUUGGACUAUCGCAGAUUGCUGCGCUGGGACCCGAAGCAACGAGGGCAUGCUCGUUCCAGACUCUGCUCAUUGAAGCUAGAGGCGAGGCCAAAGACGAUGAGGAUGCUUUGAUUCUUGCGCGGCCUGUUAUAGAUUCCAGGGAUAAGACGUCCGAUACCUACGCUAUACAGUUAACGAUUGCACUGGGAUCAAAUGAAGUAACUGUGGAGGCUUUAUUUGAUGACGUGGUUGUGCCAGAAUGGCAAAUGCAACACAUGUUAGAUCAACUCAACCAUAUCCUACAGCAAGUCCACCGGGAGCCUCAGAGUAUCGUCCGAGACAUUCUAACACUAAACACAAAUGAUAUUCAGCAGUUGAAAACAUGGAAUAGGGAGAUUACAAACAUUGAUCAUUCGACGGUGGUUGAAGCCAUCCAUAAGCAUUGCAUUGCACGAUCCUCAUCUCUGGCAGUCUGCGCCUGGGAUGGCGAUUUCUCCUAUGGGGAACUAGAUGCCAGGUCUGAAGAUCUUGCGAGCCUCCUCGUUUCCCAAGGAAUUGGACCCGAAGCAUUCGUACCCAUCUACCUAGAACGAUCGUGCUGGACUGCUGUUGCUGUCCUAGGUGUCCUUAAGGCUGGAGCUGCCUUUGUUCUUCUGGAUACGUUCCAUCCCCAGGGGCGGCUGCGCACCAUUUGCGAGGAAAUCCGGGCUACUGUCAUCAUCACCUCUAGUGAUAAUCAAGCUGCGGCGCAAUCCCUCGUCAAUAAUACCGUUCUUGUGACAGGUGAUAUCAACAAACCGUCAAUGCUCGUACCGGACUUCAGUUCUCAUCCCGAUUCGCAUCGAGCUGCUCUUUACGCGGUAUUCACAUCCGGCUCGACGGGGAAGCCCAAGGCCGCUGUCAUCGAGAAUGGAUCGUUUGUGACCAUGGCGACACCAUAUGCCCGUACAAUGGGAAUCAAUAUACACUCCCGCGUUCUCCACUUUGCUUCGUAUGCAUUUGACAUCAGCAUCCUGGAGAUACUAGGUACCUUGUUCGCAGGAGCUUGCAUCUGUAUAUUGUCUGAGGCAGAUCGUAGGGACCACCUCUCCCAGGCCGUCAAAAAACUACAGCCAUCUCACGCGAUAUUCACACCGUCUUUAUUGCGAGCAAUAACGCUGGCCGACGUGGAAUCCGUCCAUACCAUCAUGCUGAUCGGAGAACCAGUUCGCACGAGUGACAUUCAGCAAUGGGAAGGAUCCGUACAUCUGCUUAACACCUAUGGUCCGGCUGAAUGCACCGUGGUGUUUACCAUGAAAUCGUGUGCCGAUCCGAGUGGCGACGCCAGAAACAUCGGCUCCUGCAUUGCAGGGGCGGGAUGGGUGACAGAUCCACGAGAUCCUCAUCGGUUGGUUCCUAUCGGCGCCGUGGGUGAGCUUCUCCUACAGGGGCCACUCGUCGGCCGCGGAUACUUGAAUAAUUCAGAGCAGACGGCUGCAGCAUUCAUUCCCUGUCCACCAUGGAUGGGGAAACUCGGGUUGGUCGAUGACCGGAGGUGUAGUCGUUUCUACCGCACGGGGGAUCUGGUCCGGUACGAGAAAGACGGAACCUUUUCCUUUGUGGGACGCGCAGACUGUCAGGUCAAGCUCCGGGGCCAGCGGUUUGAACUUGGUGAAGUCGAAGCUCAGAUACAGCAGCAUUUCCCGAGUGAGAUCGAAGAUGUGGCUGCCGAGAUCAUCACUCCAGCAGGGGCAGUCCACUCGCCGUAUCUGGCCGUCUUCAUCGCACUCAGGGGAUCCGAAGCCCCCGGAGUCCCAUCCUCGCCAAUUCUGUCACUGGACAUCGUAGUGCUAGAAGGCUUUGGAGAGCAGGUGACAACUGUGAAAGAAAGGCUAGCGGACAUUCUUCCGGGGUACAUGAUGCCCAGUGCUUUCGUUCCUCUCCGACAUCUGCCCCAAACCAUUGGCGGCAAGGUAGACCGACGGAGGCUGCGAGAAUCUGCGGCGACAGUAACGCGCCAGCAGAUGGAGUCUCUGUUUUCCCCGACGGUUGCUCCCAAGAGGGUUAUAGCAACGGAUGCGGAACGCACUCUACAGGAUAUCUGGGCGCGUGCUCUGUGCAUUCCGACAGAGGAAGUAGGAGUCGAGGAUUCCUUCUUCCGGUUGGGGGGCAAUUCAAUUUCUGCGCUUCAAGCAACAACUCAAGCACGUGCUGUUGGGAUCGAUCACUCGGUAGCAGAUUUGUUCCAGUGGAGGACAAUCCUACAGGUUACUAAACGGUUUGCAAAGUCACCACAGCGUACUCAAGCAAACGAUCCGAAUGUGGACGAUGUGUUCCCGUGCGCGCCAGCACAACGAGGAAUCUUGCUGAGCCAGAUGCAAGACGAUAGUAGUUACGCAGCACAUUUCCUCUGGCAGCUCCAUGGCCGACCAGCCGUGGGUGUGGCUCGCCUGAUCAGUGCAUGGCAGCAGGUCGUGUCUCGUCAUUCUGCUCUUCGAGUCAGCUUCCGGCCGCACCCAAGUGCUGAUGGUGAAUUUGAGCAGGUUCUGCUCCGUCACAUCGAGGCCCCAGUAGAGGUUAUUGAAGGAGAAAACGAUGGUGAUAGUCAUUCUCCAGUACCCUCUGUCCUUACGAGGCCCUCGAUAACAACGGUGACCCAGCACGAUGGCCAGACUGUUCCACACAAGCUUACAAUCUGUGCCACCUCUACCGGACGGGUCUUCUGCAGGCUCGACAUAAACCAUGUAAUUGUGGAUACCGCAUCCUUGGACAUCCUGGAGUACGAGCUCUGCCAGGCCUACGAUGGACUCUUGCCAACCAAACUCCAACCUGAUCCUUACAGGGAAUAUAUGAACUUUGCCCAGGGUGAACCGCAGGAUGAAGCCCGUAGUUACUGGCACUCCUACUUAAAGGGAAUGAAACCGUUAUCUUUUCCUAGUCCAAGGGUAACUACCACUUCGCAAUUCGCCGAUUCCGUGCGGCUAUCAGAGAUAUCUCUAUCGCACCGAGGCUCGGAGAUUGAAGCAUUCUGUCACUCGACAGACUGGACCGCGUCCAAUCUCUUGUAUUUUGCCUGGGCUAUGGCGCUACGGGCCUUCACGGGAUCCGACGAUGUGUGCUUUGGGAUUUCGACGUCGGGCCGGCUAGUUCCUGUGCCUCACAUUGACCAGGCCGUGGGUCAGUUCUCAAACAUGUCCAUAUGUCGAGUGCGUUUAGCACACCAUCUCCCUCUUAACCACGUUGCUCUUCAAAUGCAGGAGGAAUAUUCCGAGAUUCUUUCGUACCAGUCCUUCCCACUGGUAGAGAUUGCACGAGCCGCUGGAGCCACCCUGCAUGACUUAGCCUCUACCGCGGUCAACGUCCAGUAUACGCGUGCAUCUACUCCGUCUGCGCCGGUGGAAAAACAUUCGCUCACGUUAAAUCGGCUUCAUGGACAGGAUCCGGCGAUUCAAGAUAUUGCUCUGUACGCCGAGUUCCAACCGGACGGCCAGAUCCGCGCACUCAUAACCUACCAGCCAUCACGAGUUUCGGCCCCUCUCGCCUCUCAAUUGGGCGAGUAUUUCGAUCUAGCGAUUUCAAGAAUUCUCCAACGGCCACACGCCGUUGUGGGCGACUUCGAGCUGCUCAGCGAUCAAGAUCAUCAGCGCCUCCGGUCUUGGAAUGGAAAGCUUCCUGAUCGUUCCCCUUAUUGUAUACACGAAAUCAUUCAACAGCACGCAAUACAACAGCCUGAUCACAUAGCGAUCUCAGGGUGGGAUGGCAGCUUUACUUAUGAGGACCUAGAUAAAAAGGCCUCACUGUUGUCUCUCUAUCUCACGACAUGCGGGAUCAGUGCUGCCCAACCAAUCCCUGUUUGUUUUGAAAAGUCACGGUGGACAAUAGUCGCUAUUUUAGCUGUGAUGAAGGCAGGCGGGACAUUCGUCCCUCUUGACCCUACGCAACCGAUAGCCAGGCUCCAGGAGUUCUGUAACCGCAUCAACGCCACUACUAUACUGUCUUCUGUCGCCCAAGCAGCAUUGAGCCGAGUCCUUUGCAAGAAGGUGAUUGAAGUCGGUGAUGGCAUGAUCCCCAGCCAUUGCAACGGUCGACCCGAUUCAGCACGUGUCAAACAAGCGGUAGACCCAGAGCAGGGAGCAUACAUACUCUUCACAUCGGGCACCACAGGCACACCCAAGGCAGUUGUGGUAUCCCAUGCUUCAUAUCUAUCGUCUGCAGUGUCCCAAAUACGUGCGUUCUCGUUGGAUCGCUCGUCCCGAUUCCUCCAAGCUUCAUCGUAUGCAUUUGAUGCGUCAGUGAUGGAAAUUCUGACCACGCUCAUCGCCGGAGCCACCGUUUGCGUUAUUUCCGAACCAGAGCGAAACCAAAUGAUGUUAACAGGCGUUUGCCCCCUUUCGGUGUCGCAUGCUUUCCUCACACCAUCCCUGGCCAGAGGGCUUGAUGCCAACAAGGCCUCUGAGUGGGUACAGACUUUGCUCAUCGGGGGCGAGCCGUUGUCAGACUCUCACAUCAUCCAGUGGGGUAACGUCUGUCGUCUGAUGCAUUGCUAUGGCUCGUCCGAGAGUGCGGUCAUCAACACUGUGUCAUCGGAUCUACUUCCGGGACAUGAUCCUCGCAGUAUAGGGCGACCCGUUGGUGUUCAUUGCUGGAUUGCCGACCAGCAUGACCAUAACAGGCUUGUUCCCGUCGGUGCUAUCGGAGAGCUGAUCCUCAGCGGGCCACCUGUUGGCCUAGGCUAUCUCAAUGACUCCGAAAUGACUAAUGACGCCUUCAUCCAACCGCCGGAGUGGCUGUCGACCGUGUAUCCGGAACAGCUACCAGAGUGGCGACUAUAUAAGACCGGUGACCUUGUCCGCUACGACAUAUCAGAUGGUUCACUCCUCUUUGAGGGACGGAAGGAUCGACAAAUCAAAGUACGUGGACAGCGUGUGGAGCUGGAAGAUAUAGAAUAUCAUGUACGGCGAUGUUUCCCCGGUGCCGAGGAAGCAAUGAUCGAGCAGGUGAUGAUUUUGGAAGAGCCAUAUCCAAGUUCACCUGACACUUCAUCAACUAGGGCGGCUCCACGCCUGGUUGCCUGUAUAUGGGACGGACUGGACGACCAGUCGGCAACAGUCAAUGGUUUUGCCGUUAACGAUGUACCUCUAGGAGAGUCUCUCCUCCGUGCCCCGAGUCAAGAGUUUCAUUCCGCUGCUGCCGCUGCUUUGCGACGCCUUCGAGACGAUAUACCAAGCUAUAUGGUUCCGGACUUCUAUGUCUCGAUUACCCAAGUCCCGCGAAAAAUAUCCGGUAAGUCGGAUCGGCAGCGGUUGCGCAAGGCGAUCCAGGCCAUCCAACCCAUGGAAUGGCGUGCGUACUCAGCUGCACAACGAAACAAGCGCCCCUUGGAAAGUGAGACGGCAAUUAAAUUGCACGCUAUUCUCACAGAACUACUUAACAUCGACCCAGAAACAGUGGGCGCCGAUGAUAGCUUUUUCCAUCUGGGCGGAGACUCGAUUCUGGCAAUGAGGGUCGCCGCCAACGCCCGAGCCCAAGGCAUGGAGAUCAGUUCUCACCAUAUCCUUCGCCACGCAACAAUUUCGGACUGGGCCAACAUCGUCGACUCGCACUCGGCGAACGCCUCUUCCUCUCAGCGAUAUGUACCAUAUUCAGCUGUCUCAAAGCACGAGCGAGAACGCAUCCUCUCCUUGCACCUAGUCAAAGACCAUCCCUUCACCGUGGACAAUGUAGUAGAUAUCCUUCCGACUGUUGGGUUUCAAUCGUUCUAUAUCACCCACUCAUCACCAGUCUCUACGGCGAAAGUUUUUCCAACCACUUUGGAUAUUGAUCGGCUCCGUUCGGCUUGUCGACGGGUCAUGCUGCAUCACAGUGUUCUGAGAACCUUCUUUGUCAGUCUCGAGGACAGUCUUUACCAAGUCAUCUUGAGGGACGUUGAACCAGUAUUCCAUGUGGUCGAGACUGAAGAUCCUGAGGCGUAUAUUACUCAGGAAUCCCAGCGAUAUAUUUCGCCAUCCACAGCCCAAGGGUCAUUGUCUCUAGAAUUCACCGUCGUCACUAGCAGCAGCCGGUCCAAUUGUGUCUUCAUCCUUAGCAUAUCGCAUGCGCAGUAUGAUGGUCCUUCGUUGUCCCAUCUGUGGCAGGCGAUCGCUUCAGCGUACGAAGGAGGGGUUCUCCCGAAAACCGUACAAUUCAGUGACGUUGUCUACAACCGGUUGAGCGAUACGAAUGAAGAAGCAUUCUCCUUCUGGAGAAAAUAUCUUCAUGGCGCUCCCGCGACUGCUCUCGAUCCACUAAAGAUCACUGACAUCCCCACGUCACCCGAGCACGAUGCAAAAAUAACCAGCGCAAGACGAGAGAUCACACAGUCCUAUCUCAUUCCAGAGAUUACCGUAUCAACACUGGUGAAAGCAGCCUUGUCAUGGACCUUGUCACACUACACUUUGCAGGAGGACAUCAUCUUUGGCCAAGUCGUUCACGGGCGUGGGUGUCCCAUCCCUGAUGUGGACAAGGUUCUCGGACCUUGCACCAAUCUCCUUCCCACCCGUAUCAGUAUAAAUCCGGAGUGGACUGUACUGGAUCUCUUACGCCACGCCCAGGCACAGCAACUGGAAACCUUGUCUUACGACUAUGUGUCAUUCGAGGACAUUGUCCAGAAGUGUACCAACUGGCCGAACAACACAAGUCUCGGUUUCCUUGUUCACCAUGAAGGUGUAGGAUUAGGCGGUUCCUUCGAGAUGGGUGGUAUUCGUGCUUCCUCCAGCUCCAGUUGGGCGAACUCAAAAAUCGCUACGCAGGGCCAGGUUGGCAUCGUCUCCAUGGAGCAUGAAGUGGGCCUCGACCUUAUGAUCACAGCUGCUGUUGAUACACUGGAAGAGUCGAAGGUUGAAUUGUUGGUGGACGAGCUUGCUAGCGCGAUUCAGCUGUUCUCCAGGUUUCCCAGCCACCCUCUCUCAGCAUUAGCACGUCAGCGAACUAUCCAGAGUGGAACGACAGCCCUGCCGAACUGA